UUACAGGCAAAGGUUCCCCAUGCCACUCUACCCACAAAGGUUACCAACCUCCGUGUCCUGUUCCGAACUCCAAGCUCGGUGUCUUUGGCCUGGAACAGACCUCCUGCGGUGUUCGAAGGCUACAAGGUGAUCUUCCGCACGAGCGGCACCAGAAUAGGCACAUGCCUCAACGGAACCACACUGGACCCGACACAGACGCAGAUAACCUGCGAGAACCUCGAAUCAUGCACCACCUUAGACGUGACAGUUUUCACGCAGAAGUCGUCCUCGUCGUCUGAAAUUUCAGCCGGAGUUACAUUGAGCGACAUCCAAGUGCCAGGAAAAGAUCCAGGGCCUCCAAUGGACAUAAAACAUGACCCUAUAGCCCCAAGAAAAACGAAGUUACACUGGACUCCUCCUCAGCUCGUGUGGGAACCUCUGGGUCCAUACAAGGUCACGGUGUGUCCGAACCCGGACUCGUGUCCGAGCUCACAGCAAGUCGGCUGCCACGAAGAGGAGACUCGUGCCAUGAGCCUGGUCCUCAACACAACGCCGGUCACCGACUACUGCGUCGUCAUUCAUUCGACCGCUUCGUGCUUCGGGCAAGUCCACAAGAGUCAGGCCGCAUUUAAGACCUUCAAGACACGCGCCUUUGCUCCCGGAAAGUUCACAGUAACUGCUGCGGCAACGAGUCCUUCAUCCAUUCGGCUGCUCAUAGAUCCUCCCAAAGAAAAAAACGGCAACUUGGACGGUUGCUCCUCGCAGUGCUCAUCCUCUGAGAACAAGAACGAGAUAAACUGCGCUCCAGAUAACGUGGACAUAGAGGUGAAGGAUCUAAUACCAAGUAGCCAAUACACCUGCCGUGUAACAUUUUACAACAACCACGAGGGUCAGCGUCUCGAGACAACGCAAGAGGUUGGCGUCCUUACACCAAACCGUGCCGACCAACAGUCAAGUUACCUAUGGCUUAUCUUCUUGAUAAUGUUCUUAUUUUAUUUUCGCUGAGAUCACCAGAUUACAGUAAAGAAGGCAGUUGGGAGACGCCGCAUCUCUACAUUUCUAUAUCCGUCCAUCACUUAUUAUUGGUCUUCGCGAUGGCGCCAUCUUGUCUUCCACCGCGCAGUGACAAGUCAGAAUACAAGUUUCCAUCAAGCUCUUCAAACUGAUGCAAAUUAGUUUUUCGCGGUGCUUGUCCGCAUGUUCCACAUUAAAUUUUUAUAUGAACGACCGUAUCGGGACGCAGCGGACUGAUGAGACCCAGCAUGAGAAGAGACAAGGGUCCCAGUUAACGAACUACAAUACUUCACUCGUCAACAGCAUGGAAAAGCACUCCCCAAGGCCAGGUAAUGCGUUUUAUUCAAUCUGGUUAUCGUUUUCUUCCUCAGAUCCUCACAUUAUUGAAUCAAUCUUCGAACAAAAAUUAUCAUUAUAUAUGCUGCCUUUGGGCAACACGGAGUCAAAUAAGAGAGAAAACAAAGAACACAAAAAAGCAUAGAGAAAGAGAGCCCGCAAUGUGAAACUAUUUAGAACAAAAAUAUUCCUUCAAUUUUGCAUGAAGGCUAACAGGACCCACGGUGUUAAAGGAGCUGUGCAACGAUAUUCAUUUGGAAUG